ACAUUUCAAUUUGAUAACACAAUUUCAUCAAACUGAAUUGUUCAAUUAAUAAAAACUUAAAAUAUGCAUUUUUUAUUUUUUAUGGAAAUAAAAAACUCUCCAUGCGUCAUGCAUUUUUAUUAUGAGUAAGAGGGCUUGAGAGAGAGGGAGACACAGGGAGAAACAUAUCACUUCUCAGUUCUCUCAGUUCUUAGGGAGGUAAGACACUUGGCAUACCGAUGGACCUCCUCUAAAUGUGCGCACUUUAAGGGACCGCAUCUCACUGUAUUGCUUCACACAGACCAGGAGAGCAGGACGCAAUUACAGUCAAAGUGUGUCAGAGAACUCCAACUUGCCACCUUGACAACUGACAAGUUACAAACACCUCACGAGUUUAUUUUUCAACUUGUGAUUUGUUCCACAAACUCGGGACUGUCUGAGAGUCAUGAUGGAGAUGAAGGUGCUGGGAUGCGUGAUGCUUUUCCCUUUCCAGAUCUUCUUGGGCGUAUUGAGGGCGAUCGUGCGCUUCUUCACGAGCCAGCAGCGCAGAGAUCUGGGCGCUGAUGUGGUGCUCAUCACUGGAGGUGGAAGAGGAAUCGGCCGUCACCUGGCCAAAGAGUUUGCCAAGCAGGGAGCAAGAAAGGUGAUUUUGUGGGGCCGUACAGAGAAAUGUUUAAAAGAGACAUGUGAGGAGAUCUCUAUGUCUGGAACAGAGUGCCAUUACUUUGCAUGUGAUGUGGGCAACAGAGAGGAGGUGUACCAGCAGGCCAAAGUGCUCAGGGAAAAGGUUGGAGACGUCACCAUUCUCGUAAAUAAUGCAGCUGUUGUCCAUGGGAAAAGUCUAAUGAACAGCGAUGAUGAUGCACUCUUGAAAACUCAACACAUAAACACACUUGGACAGUUCUGGACCACAAAAGCAUUUAUGCCUCGUAUGCUGGAGCUGUGUAAUGGCCACGUGGUGUGCAUUAACUCCAUUCUCUCCCUCGCCUCCAUCCCUGGAGCCAUUGAUUACUGCACGUCCAAGGCCUCGUCUUAUGCCUUCAUGGAAAGCCUAACACUGGGCCUAUUGGACUGUCCUGGUGUGGGCUGCACCACAGUGUUACCCUUCCAUACAGACACAGAGAUGUUCCAGGGCAUGAGAGUUAGGUUCCCUAAGCUGUUUCCUCCUCUGAAUCCUGAGAUGGUGGCCCAGCGCACUGUGGAUGCUGUUAGGACUAAUACUGCCUUUGUUGUCCUGCCAAGGACCAUGCACUUUCUUGUCAUGCUUAAAAGCAUUCUGCCCCAGUCUGCCCUGGAAGAAAUUCAUAAGUUCUCAGGAAGCUACACCUGCAUGAACACAUUCAAAGGACGGACUUAAACUCAGGAAAAAACUUAAAUGUGAAAAACUUUUUCACACAGAGUAAACACUACGUCCAGGAACAUCAAACAAACUUUUGCUUUGUGGAGGCAAAAAGACAAUGAAAGUGACAUUGGAAUCAACAUAUCAAGAUGGCCUAUUUUCCCAAGGACUAUUAUGUCUGAAAGUAUUACGUGGAUUUAUUUUUUAUUUGGAUUCCCUAUACUGGACUGAAAUCAGGCAUACAGGUCAAAGUGCUCCUUGGACAUUGCAAUAAAAAGUUUGAAGCAAAGACUUAUGAGGUUUUCGGUGAGGUUCUUUUGCUCCCAUAAGUUUGUCUUGAGUUUACUGUAUGUUUUAUAGAUAUUCACAGAUUUUUCUAAAAUGAAAUUUUUUGUAACACAAGUGUAUGCAAGUUGGCUCGCCAACUUGUUUUAAUUAAUU